AAGCCCACUCUCUCAGGCUGUGGGCGAGCAGCACGGAGUCAAACGCACCAUUGAUCGAACUCUCCCCGGCGCCCAGGCUCGAGGUUGCAGAGGUUUCCUAUUUUGGGCAGUUUCCUGUCACCUUGUAUGGUGCUGUCCGAUACAAUAUGGCUGUUGGAGCUAGGCUAACACUUGUAUUCCUAAUCAACACUGGAGUCAUCCUGUGCCAUCUGGAAGAAACGCCUCCUCGAAACAUAGCUGUAAUAGGUGCCGGGAUUGGGGGAUCUUCAGCUGCUUAUUUCCUCAGACAGAAGUUCGGUCACAAUGUUGGAAUUGAUGUCUAUGAGAAAGGAACCAUUGGAGGUCGGCUGGCGACAGUUACUGUAAAUGGCCAACAGUAUGAAACUGGUGGCUCUGUCAUUCACCCACUCAACCUUCACAUGCAAGAAUUUGUCAAACAGUUAGGACUGAAGCACAGAAAAGGUGUUCCAGAGAAGGUUGCAAUCUUCAAUGGAGAGCACUUUGUAUUUGAAGAGACCGACUGGUAUCUCCAGGAUAUGUUUAAAUUGUGGUGGCGAUAUGGGUUUGGUUUACUGCGCCUGCAGAUGUGGGUGGAGGAAAUACUCGAAAAGUUCAUGAGGAUCUACAAGUACCAGACCCAUGGCUAUGCGUUCAGUACAGUGGAGGAGAUGAUGCAGUCAUUGGGUGGGGAGCGUUUCAUUAACCUGACCCAGCGCUCUGUGGCAGAAACCCUGCAGGAACUGGGAAUCUCUCAGCGCUUCGUUGAUGAAAUAGUGACUGCAGUUACCAGAGUCAACUAUGGUCAAUCACCGUCCUUGCCUGCAUUUGUUGGAGCAGUAGCGUUGGCAGGUGUGCAGUCAGGCCUUUGGGCUGUGGAAGGAGGGAACAAACUGGUUUGUUCACGGUUGCUUGAAUCAGCAAAAGUCCGUGUCAUCCACAACAUGGUGACUUCCAUCUCUCUGCAGCAGUCAGGUGAUAAAGCUGCUUACCAAGUGAGGUAUGAAAAUGAAAAUGAAGGUGGUUAUGAUUUCUACGAUAUUGUUGUCAUUGCAACUCCUUUGCAUCAUGAAACAACAAAUAUCACCUUCAAUGAUUUCACAUCACCAAUCACACCAUUCCCAGGUCACUACCAACGUAUGAUUGUUUCUGUAGUUCAUGGUUACCUUAAUUCCUCGUAUUUUGGGUUCCUAGAUCCCAAACUCUUCCCAUUUGCAGUCAUUCUGACCGUAGAAAGUCCAAAGCUCUUUAUGUUUAGCACGGGGAGUAUUUGCCCAGUGAAUAUCACUGCUAAAUACAGAAGAAAACAACCACAGGAAGCAGCAGUAUGGAAGGUCUUCUCCCCCGAACCUCUCUCCAGAGAACAACUAAAGACCAUCUUUCGCUCCUACUACUCUGUGCAGGUCACUGAUUGGCUGGCCUAUCCUCAAUACAACUCUGCUAAAGGGAUCCCUCCAAUAGUUCUCCAUGACAACCUGUACUACCUGAACGGUGUCGAGUGGACGGCAAGUGCCAUGGAAAUGAGUGCCAUUGCUGCCAAAAACAUAGCUUUGUUGGCAUACAAUCGGUGGAACCAACAUCUGGAUCUGAUUGAUCAGAAAGAUUUGGUACAUAAAAUCAAAACUGAACUGUGAACAAGGGCAUAGGUAAUUUAAAGCUGAACGAACAAACAUUUUUUGUGUUACUUGAACCUGUGAAUUUCUGUGUAGAGUACAACAGAUUCAAUUUCGUUAUAUCUAAUGGUAAUUUAAUACAGAAUUACACCCUGUUCUUGAUUGCUAAUCUAAUGAAUGGAUUUAAGUCAUGAUUUUUUUUAGAAGAAGAAAGUUGUGGCUUGGGUUUGAAUUUUGCAUUUCACAAAAGUCUAAAACUUGUGUUUAGACAAGGGAAAGACAAUGAAAAGCAAAUAGAUGAGCAAUGAUAUGAACAGCCAGCUUGACUACCUCUCAGCAAUCAAAUUUAUUUGCCAUCAGCCUUGUUGCAAUUUUUAAUUCACCUUGAAAUGUGCAAAGCUAUAUUGCAAUAACACCUGUAAAAACACCUGUGUUUUGUGGCCUAAUGUAUUGUGUGUGCAUUUAAACUGAAAUAUUAGUUGCACUGGUUUACAUGGUGGAGGCCUUGGACCUCGGAUAUGUUAACGUAUUACUGUGGCAUUUGGAUUAAGAUUUCAUCUAUGAUCCUCCCUGUGUAAAAUUACAACAAAUGUAGUGGAAUGUGGCAAACGCACAAUUUGCAACUGCAGUAAUGGUAAUUUUUCUCAUUUUAUGCAGGCCUCUAAUAGUGGUGUUCUAGUCUUUGAGUCAGGUUUUUAAGUAUAAGCACCACCCCAGUGUCAGGAUCACCGGUCUCUGCCCACGAUUUAAUACAUCAUUAAGGAAGUGCAAAACUACUGAAGCUGCAAUUUCAGAUGAAGCACUUAUGACACUGUUUUGAAGAGGGGUAGUGGACAUCUUCCGGUAGUCCUAGCAUAUAGUUAUUUCUCAAUAAUCAUCAUGAAGCAGAUUCUCGCAUUGUGAAAUGUGGUCAGUGGACUGGAAACUCUAAACUGUUUCAUUGAUUGUAAAAUGCUUAGAGAUGUCGUAAACUCAAGAACGUUGCUGCUUAUAAAAUGCAAAUGCUGUUUUUAUUUUUAUGCUUAUAUCUUGCAAAUAAUGCUGCUUUAUUGUAUCUGAUUUAUUAACAUAAGGUGUGAAGGAAUUUAAUAUAGUAGGGAUGGGGAAUGCUCUCUUUAUAGUUAAGUGACGGGAGAGAAAGUCAUUAAAGUUUUGAACCAUUAA